AUGAACAUCCAACGCAUGCUGGUGCAGCGGGACAACGUGUCCUGCGCGGCCAGUGCCCUGACCUCUCUGUCUACGAAGCAGGAUCGCCGUAAGCGCAAGGUGAAGCAGGAGUUGCCCCGCCCUCGUGCAGUGACAUCGGCGGGCAGCGGUGUGAGGGGCGCAGGAGAGGUGCCGCCUCCGCCAAGUGACGAUGUGAUUGCCCGUUUUAAAAGGCCCAGCUAUCAGCGUGAUUUCCAGCCGUUGGCGCUGUACGGUCCCCAUGGAGUGGGGUGUCAGCUGCCAGCACAGGACGUCCUGAUGCUCGUCGACGGACAGUGUCUGGCGGACACAGUGGUGGACUUCCACAACAUGGGCCACUACUCGCUUGUCAUAGCGACGAACCUCCGCACCAUGGUCAGCGGGAAGCUAUCCGAGACUGCAGAGGGCAGCGUGGAUCUGGUGCAUUACGAUAGUGCACAGUUGCACAUCAAGAAGCCAGAAGUGAUGGAGGGCGUCAAGAACCUGGAUAGUCUGUCACCUGACGCGUGCCACCUCAUGUUAUGUGUUUCAUGGCAGCCGGAAGGCAUCCCACAACAGUCGAACGCGGUCGACUGUGGGAUUUAUGUUGGCAUGUAUCUCUACGCCCUGGUUACAACCGGCUUUACAAUCCUCAAGGAGUGGAUGACGUUCUUCGGCGCGAAGUCCCACGCCUACCGGCGCCAGCUACGUGAGGAGGUGUCCCUCCACGCCACAGGUGACCUUAUUGUCAAGCUGCUUGGGGAGGGUGUGGAUGUUCCCGUGCAGCCUCUUCCCCAGGUGGGAGAACACGGCGCCCUCGUCUUUCCCAAGGAGGACGAAGUCCGCACCGACCUGGCAAGGCAGUCAGGCAUGAUAACCCGGAUGGAGCUAGGGGGUUACGUUGUGUGUGCGGCUGUCAUGGGCCUGGCACGUUCGCUAGGCAUUUCGGAGGAACAACUGCUGAGUGGAGCGGCACACGAGCUUCAGGCACACGGGACGCCUCUGCUGGCUCUGUCCACGUCCAAGAACCCCGUGGACCAUGCAGCAUCUAUGCGGACGCUCGGCAUUACCAUCCACCCGGCUCCAUGUCCGCUCCCGCUGCCAUCGUUCCCGUCUGCGCAUUUUGAGGGGGCGUCCCCCAUUAAUAGUGAGCCCACAGCUGCUGAUGUCAGGCCCAAGAAGGAGGAGCAGGAUCUCCCAGCCGCUCCCGUGACUCCGGCAGCACCGCCGACGGUCUCGCGCUCUGCCAGGUAUCGCCUCCGUCCGGGGAUCAGGACUGCAGGACGGCCCGUGCACGACCAGCAUGCUUGCCGCGUACGUCAGCAGAUAAGGCUGGGUGCGUAUACUGUUGAGCUCGAUGCGGCGUAUGCGUAUGCCGCGGCGGCCUUUGUGAUCAGGCAUAAUGACCACAUCCAACACAUGAAGGAGCUGACGGACGAGGAGAAGGCGUCUUUGAUGGGGUGUGUUCGCGGCGACGUGCGUCAUCUGGUGAAGGCGCGGAUGUGGUGGAGGUGGCGUCAGUGGAGGACAGCGCUGGCAGAGUUGGGCAUUGAGCCUGGUACUCCAUUGCCGCUGGAAAACAAUGGCACUCGGUCGCCGGACAACAGCAGCAGCGAUGAAGACGUGCAAGACAGGAUGGGUCAUAAUGUGGAGACGGUGUGUGAGUAG